AUGUCGAUUAAUGGAGCAACUCUACAGGCGGACAACAAGACACCUGUCCUGAUACAGGCUGAAAAGCUAUUCUAUUCACAGGAUGGCAUACGAUUCGAAUUCGAAGGUGCAAGUGGAGGAUACCCAGGCAACUUAGCUUCAUACUCGUCAAAGACUGGAAGUUUAUACCUUACAAACCUACGAAUGAUUUAUGUCCCAACUCCAUUGCUGGAAACGCUCAAGACAUUCAAUGUGCCGUUGGAGAAUGUCAGAGAUGGAAAGUUUGUGCAGCCUUGGUUCGAUGCUAAUCGAUAUGAAGGCAUGUUGUGCGAUCUAUUAUUCGGCUCUCUAAUCUCCUCUUCUGCCGUGAUCCCAGUCCCUCAUGGAGGUCUCAAAGAACGAGGCACCAUGAAACUUACAUUCAGAGAAGGUGGUGGCUUUGAAUUCUCAUCCAUAUUUCAACAAUUACGAUCGCGAAUCACAGGAGAACCCGCCCAAUUCGAAAACCUCCCUGCAUACGAGGAACCUUUACAAGGAUCAUCGUCUUCCGAACCACCACCACCUCUAAUAGACGAGAACACGUCGUCCAGUCCACCACCACCUGCUGCAGCUGUAGUAUCUCCUGUGGUUGCUGAAGCGGUAUCGCCAGCAUCGGCUAUGCGGCCACCUAUACAGCCGCAUGGAAUCGCGGAGGGCGAAGCACCACCGUCGUAUGAUGCGCUCAGUAGGUGA